AUGGCGGACGACGAGGGUGCGGCAUACUGGCAAGGCGUGUACGGGCAGCCGAUACACGUCUACUCGAACGAGCGGCCGGGCCCAGAGGGCGAGCUAGAACGAAUGACGGACGAAGAAUACUCCCAGCACGUCAGGCAGAAGAUGUGGGAGAAGACGCACCAAGGCUUACUAGAAGAGAGGGCGCGUCGGGAAGAAGCACGGAAACGCAAAAAGGAAGAGGAAAAGAUUAAUAGGAAGCUCCAAGAGGACAUGGAGCGGAGCCUGCGUCGCGGAGAGGAGCGGCGCAAGAAGAGAGCGUGGGUCCAGCUGUGGGAAGACUACACCCGAGGCUGGACAGAGUGGGCCAACAGCGUGGACAAGAUUCCCUGGCCUGUAGAAAGCGGGCGACGGAGAGACAUCAACGAAAAGGAAGUCCGACGGUUUAUCGUCAACGGUCUCGGCCUCGACGACAUUGGCGAAAAGGAGUUCGCUGCAAAGCUGCGCGAGGAGCGCGUGCGGUGGCAUCCUGACAAGAUGCAGCAGAAGCUUGGCGGACAGGUGGACGACGAGGUCAUGAAGGAUAUUACGGCGAUUUUCCAAAUCAUUGAUAAAUUAUGGGCAGAUACCCGGUCGAAGGCGUAG